GGCCCCUCAACUCCCUUCCCUCCCACCCCGCCACCGAACGCGAUAUCCCGAUCCCCCGAAUCCGUCGCGCCGCGCAAUCCAGGGCGAGACGUUUGUCGAUUGUCCCAACCCCCACCCCCAAGGCCGCGAGACGGCCGCGCCAAGUCGUCGCCAUGAGCUUCGCCAUCGAGGUGCCGGGCGAGACGAACCCGCUGAGCUUCCAGGCGCUCUGCCGCGCCCUCGGGUCCGCCACCUCGCCCGACUUUGCUCAGCGGCAGGCCGCCGGCCAGCAGCUCGCCUCGUGGGAGCAGCACCCGGGCUACUACUCGACCUUGCAGGCCGUCUACCUCGACAAGUCCAUGCCCACGACCAUCCGUUUCCUCGCCGUCAUCCAGCUCAAGAAUGGCAUCGACAAGUACUGGCGCCUCUACGCGCAGGUCAAGAACGGUAUCAAGCCCGACGAGAAGAACCUGAUCCGCUCCAAGCUGUUCCAGGGCACGCUCGACGAGGAGGAAAAGAACCUGGCCCUGCUCAACGCGCUGGUCGUGGCCAAGGUCGUGAGGAUCGACUAUCCCGCCGACUGGCCCGACGCCUUGCCCAACAUCAUCGCCCUGCUGCGUUCGUCCAAGGACAACAACCCGCGCCAGCUGUACGGCGCUCUCCAGAUUCUCCUCCGCGUCGUCAAGGAGCUCGGAACCGCCCGUUUAAGAAAGUCGCAGACGGCGCUGCAAUCCGUCACGCCGGAAAUCGUCUACGUCCUCGGCGAGAUCUACUCGGAAAAGUCGUCGGCAUGGGCCUCAUACCUGGGCAGCGGCCAAGGUGCCGAAGACGAUGUAAGCCUCGCCAUGCACAGCAGCCUCCUCGCACUCAAGGUCCUGCGACGCCUCAUCGUCUUGGGCUACGAGCGGCCACACACCGACAAGUCGGUCGAGCAGCUUUGGACCUUGUCCCAGAAUCAGUUCGGCCAGCUCCUCAACGUUGUCGACCGCGAGUCCAAGAACCCGUCUGCCGUCCAAGACCUCAUCGGGAAGCAUCUGAUGCAGUUCACGAAGCUGCACAUCGAUGUAGCUGAGCAACAGCCGGCGAGCUUCUCGAUGCUCCCUGAUUCGUUGUCGCUCGUCCACGCCUACUGGGACCUCGUCUCCAAGUUUGCCGAAGUGUUUGACAAGUCCGGCGGCAUCAGGCAAGGUUCAGGUGAUGCCGCAAAGGCCAAGGUUGAGGGUCCUCUCCAGGAACGGUUAGCGUUGAGAGGUCUGCUACUCCUCCGAGCCUGCGUGAGAAUCGCCUUUCAGCCCGUGCAGACCUUCAAGUACCGGACGCCAGAGACCAAGGCGGAGCAGGAGCAAGCCAAGGCCAUGAUCAAGACGGAGCUUCUCAAGGACGACUUUGUCAUCCCAAUCGCCAAUGCCAUCAUUACCCAUCUUUUCGUGUUCCGUAGGUCGGACCUCGAAGCCUGGGAGGAGGACCCCGAGGACUGGGAACAGCAAGAGCAGAGCGAGGGAAAUGCGUAUCAGUGGGAGGUGCGGCCGUGCGCCGAGAGGCUCUUCUUGGACCUUCUCACCAACUUCAAGCAGCUCAUCGUGCCCCCUCUACUGUCGUACUUCCAGACGGCUCAGUCGCCUCAGGCAGACAUAGCAACGAAGGAGGCAGUGUACACGGCCAUGGGCUUGGCUGCUGCCCAUGUCUGUAACGACUUUGACUUUGACUCCGUAUUGAAAUCCACCAUCGUCAACGAUGCGCAGCAGCAAGGCGGCCUCCACAAGGUGCUUCGCCGGCGGAUCGCCAUCCUCAUCAGCCAGUGGGCACCGGUCAAGCUUUCAGAUGACAGUCGGCCCGUGGUAUAUCAGAUCUAUCAGCACUUCCUCAACCCCAACGACGAGACCAAUGACCUCGUCGUCAGAAUUACGGCGGCCAGACAGCUACGAUGGAUCGCCGACGAACUAGGCUUCAGCACCGAAGCAUUCCUACCUUACACCUCGGAUGUGCUCACACAGCUUAUCCAGCUAACGCAGAGCGUCGACGUGGACGAAACAAAGCUCGCCAUUCUCGAGUCGAUCAGGAUCCUGGUCACCAGGAUGGAAGAGCAGGUCUCGCAGUUUGGAGAUCAGCUCAUGGCAGCCCUCCCCAGUGUCUGGGAGGGCUCUGGGGCGGAAGAAUACAUGAUCAAGCAGGCCGUCAUUGCGAUUUUCGCCGCCCUCGUCAUGAGCAUGGGAAGCAACUCUCAGCGAUACCAAAACUUGAUGAUCCCGUUAUUGUCCGAGGCUGCGCGACCAGGCUCGGACCUGCACGUGCAUCUCAUCGACGAGUCGCUCGAGCUGUGGAACUCGAUCCUCAUGCAGAGCCACGCACCGCUUGCUCCCGAGGUCAUCAACCUCGCCGAGAUGGCGCUGCCGCUGCUGGAGUAUCAGUCCGAUACCGCAUGCCAAGCGCUCACCGCCGUCGAGUCCUACCUGCUACUCGCGCCAAGCGCGAUGCUCGAAGAUCGACUGCGCCGGCCGACCCUCACCGCCCUGGCAGGAACGCUAGACUCUAAGAGCCGUGAGAUGGUGCGCGUCGGCACGGUGUGUGUCGAAUACCUGAUCCGCUCGGCCGCCGAGCUGGGAGGCUCAAGCGGCGUCUCCGUCAUCAUUCAAGACAUGAUCGAGACGGGCUUCAUGAGUAAGAUUAUGACCAACCUGCGGGAUGCCUGGGAGGCACACCAAACGACUGGUCCCAACCGGAGAGUCAGCAAGCUCAACACCGUCACCGAAGGAGAUUACUUUGCGAUACUCGGGCGGCUAGCCCUUGCCGAGCCCAACCUGUUUGUGCAGAUGCUCACCACGUUUGGCAGCGUCGACCAGGUCUGGGCGUGGCUCUCGUCGGAGUGGUUCUCCCACCUGCUCGGCAUGGAUCACCUUGAACGGCAGAAGCUGUACCUUCUCGGGCUGACGCGACUCCUCGAGGUGCAGUCCCCGAUGCACGAGCUGGUCCUCAGCAAGCUCCAAGACUACUUCGACAUGUGGACCAACAUCAUCAUGGAGCUGCAGGACGGCGUGGUCAACAAUACGGACACGCUCAUCACCGGGGAGCUGGAGGCGACCGAGUACGACACGCCAAAGACGGACGCCGAGCGGCGCAUGAUGAGCAAGGAUCCCGUCCACUCGGUGCACGCGUUUGGCUUCGUCGCGCCGCGGCUGCAGGAGCUGGUGGCGCGAGCAGGGGGCGAGGCGGCGUUCGAGGAGACGUGGGCAGCCAACGUGGACAAGGACGUGCUGGCAAGGUUUCAGGAGAUUGCCCGGGCGAUGCAGCAUCAGCAGCAGUAGCAGCAGCAGCAGUGAAAAGGACAAGGAGAAGGAAUCGGGUGGGCUUGUACACGACGUGACGAACCACAGCAUGACGGAUGGCAUUAGAUAAUGAUAUACCUGCGCG